AUGAACAGCAGUACCCCACCACGGGGUGAGCCUGAGAACAGGGAAGUAGACGCCUGCGGCCCCGACCUCACACUCGACAUUGCCACCCUCGUGCGCGUACCAUCGCUCAACACCCCAUCGUUUUGCCAGCACGACCACGCCCCCAUGGUCAUCCACCGCUUCACUGGCACCCCGCUGCUUCACUGGCACGCCACCAAUUCACUGGCACCCCGCCGAUUCACUGGCACUGCGCCGACGCACAACGCCCUGCCCUGGCAUGACACCGAGCACCCGCCACGUCAUGGAGACAGCAUUGCCCCAGGACUUGAGUGCCAACCCUCGCAUAUGUUCCACGGCGUCAUUUGA